AUGGACCAAGAUCCCUCGGCCGCACAAGGCCACCCUCCCCCACAUCAUGGCCACUGUCAUGGACCUAUAUACACCGACCCUCCGCCCUCCUACGAAGACGCGACUCACUCCUCGACUUCACCUCUCCUUGUGGGUUCGCCUCCAGACUAUGGCGCCUUUCGAGCCUACGUCGACCCAUAUGAGUCCUCUGAGGCCAGCACUGAGGGCGACGACAACGCACAGUACCUGUCAGAGCGCAUAGGUCAAGCGUUUGCGUUCGUGAUACUCUUGGGCAUCCUGUAUCUAUUCUGGAGUAUCGUCACCCAACCUGACCCGGACAACCUCUUGCAUGUCUAUGUAUGA